GCCUGUCUAUCCGUGGCCAAACUCGGCGACGAUCCUCUCAUGCCGAGGGGACGGACACCAGGCGUUGCUGACUGUCCGGCGUGGGCUGAGGGAGCAAAGGGUUUACCUCUUCCGCAUUGAAAUCAAGCAGAAUCCGGCCACCACACCGAUCAGCAAUACCUGGUCAUUGACUUUCGGCGAUGAGUCCUCUGGCGCCAUGCCGGGAUUCCCCGUGUGGACCUUCCCUGGUGUGCGAAUUGAGCCUGUUCUUCUGGCCUGGACGAACAAGUCGAACCCAGUUUCCAUGCCGGUGGCGAUCUUCUUCGAAACGACGAAUUGGCUCUACUACUACAACCCGGUGACCACGCCCCUCACGGACCUGCCUCCGAUCUUGCGCAUCGUGAUGCCAGCACAGUACGAGUUUCUGGUCGCAGCAGACGAUCAGGACAUGCAGGGUGAGCGCUGUUUCUUGAGCAUGCAGCAAGAAGGAAGCUGUCGUCUUUGUGGAGUGCCCUUCCAGCCGUCGGAGGCAUGGUGCGUGCGAGAGUGGAAUCGCAAGAAUGCUGCGACCAUCUACUUCGCCCAGUCGAAGAUCAUUGAACCUGGGAAUCAGUACAGUGUCUGGGUAAUUGUGACGAACCCACAUUCACCGGAUGCGCUGGAUGGACCGCGCAGCACAUGGGUGAUGGAGACCUUCUUCGGCAGGCCGGUUCCGCCAGCUACGAUUCCAGAGGGCUAUUUCUUGGACUAUGUGGUGGCGCCAGGCUAUCGCGUGUCCGGACUCAGUGAGCUCACGGUGGAAACGCCCGAGGCACGAGAUGGUGGAAGCUUCGUCGACUGGGUUACCUUCACCAU